AUCAUCCCCCCAUCCAACCAAAAAUUUCCAAUUUUCUGAUUUUCCUCCUGGCUGCUGUCCUGCCCCCUCCUCCAGCCAUGAUAACCAACAACAAUUACAAAAAUAAAAAACAAAAAGAGAACAAGAUUCAACCGCUCCCUCAAAUGCUACACCAACAAAAGCAAUUCCUCUGUAUCCAAUUUCUAUCGAUAGAGAGAAAUCAUAAAUCCUAGUUUUAUGAAUUCCUUGUUUUGAGAAAUUCCGAGAUCGACCGUCGGAUCGGAGUUUUUGAGAUUGAAUUUCGAUAUAAUUUAAAAGGGAGGGGGGAUUGGGAAGAAAAAAAAAAAAAAAGAAGGCCAAAACAGCAGGCAAUUUGGCUGAAACAUGUCUGCCAUAGUUUCAGGGAAGAGAUCUUUCUUUGAGGAAUUGAGUGCAACACCUCCCGUUUCCAAGAGAAUCCGUUGCUCUUCUCGUUUUGCUUCUUCUUCUUUCUCUCCUUCUUCUUCUUCGCCGCCGCCGUCGCCUUCCUCCUCGUUUCUGAUCGAUCAAUUGAUUGCUAUUUUCCCUGAAAUGGACAAGCAGGUUCUUGAGAGAGCACUUGAAGAAUGUGGAGAUGAUUUGGAUUCAGCUAUUAGAAGUUUGAAUGAGCUUCGUUUAGGAUCUGCUUAUAGAAAUGCAGCUCCUGCUGCGGAUAAAACUGCUGUAGCAUUAGAAGGAAAUGUUCAACAUCAAGCGCAAGGUGUCGCAACAGCUAAUGGAGAUGUUCCAACUAAGGAACAGACAGCCCCAGAAGUCUUAUCAUUGGAUGGUUCAGAUUGGGUGGAGCUUUUUGUUAGAGAAAUGUUGAAUGCUUCUAACAUUGAUGAUGCCAGAGCUCGUGCCUCUAGAGCAUUGGAGGUUUUGGAGAAGUCCAUUCAUGUACGCGCUGGAGCAGAGGUGGCCCAAAAUUUUCACCAGGAAAAUAGGAUGCUGAAAGAACAACUGGAAGCACUUAUUCAGGAAAAUUCUAUUCUCAAGCGAGCUGUUGCUGUUCAGCAUGAGCGUCAGAAAGAGUAUGAAGAUCAGAGCCAGGAGUUGCAGCAUCUAAAGCAACUAGUAUCUCAAUAUCAGGAACAGCUAAGAACCCUUGAGGUAAACAACUAUGCAUUGACAAUGCACUUAAAGCAAGCACAACAAAGCAGCUCUAUCCCAGGCCGUUUCAACCCUGAUGUUUUCUAGUAAUUCUUGGAUAUAGCUAAUGAUCUUUAGCCUCUUAAAGUUUGUAAUCUGCUUCAAUUAGUGUGCUGCCACAUGGUGGUGUUCUUUUUUUCUCUCGCUUUAGAGAAGAGUAGGCUGCAGUCAAAACCUAUGCCUCAAUUUUUUAACGAAGACAUGUAUGGUAGUUUGUCUUCCUAAGUAUUUACUUGAAGUGAAUAUUUGAUAGUCAAAAAAUGUUGUAAGGUUUUGCAUCCACAGACAUGAACCUUUUAUUUGUAUCCACUUGUAUGCUAUAGAAGAAGAUUGAAGUCUGCAUUUCAUCCUCA